CCGCCCUUAGCCAAGAUGGCUGCUGUUCCCACGUUGCUUCCAAUGGCUGUGAAGGUAGCGUGCCCUUAGACAAAAUGGCCGCGCUCUGUUCUUCCCCAGGGGCUGCGAGCAAGGCGGGCUGCUAGCCCUGGCAGAAGAGUCUGUGCUCCUGGAGCCAGGAUUCUUGGAUCCCCAGUCUUGUCUUUUAACUACUAGACAGAGCAUCUCCCCUCCCUAAAGAUUGAACAAAAUAAUACUAAAAACUUUGGAAGUUGUUGCUUACAGUGAAGACUGCAUAUUGGAAGUGGAGUCCAUAAAACAGAUUUUGCUGUAAUUCUCUUUACCCAUUUUUUGGUGGCUGAAUUUUCUGGAUUGCACAUAUCCAACCAGGUGUACUGUGAUAGUAAAGUGCAUCCAGGUUCUAGAUCUCUGGUUCUUUAGUUACUUUUCCUCAAAACUUGUACAUGCUACCUGUGGUUUUAACUUGAUGCUCAGGAGGAAGAACUGCUCAGAUUCUCACACUUUUACCACAUGUACUGGAAUCCUUGUUGUUACUACUACAAUGUCGUGGGUGCAAGCUGCAGUCAGCCGGCCCAGUGAGGAUGUGUUUGAUGAAGAUGCUGAUGAACUGCAUCUAAUGCAGAAAGAAUGGAAGAGCACCAUGGAGAAAAGAGUCAAAGAAGGCUAUAGAGAUGGUGUUGAGGCUGGGAAAGAGCUUUCACUUCAGCAGGGUUUCAAUCAGGGUUACAAACAGGGUGCUGAGAUGAUGAUGACCUGUGGCCAACUCAAAGGGACCCUUAGUGCACUCUUGUCUUGGUGUCACCUUAAUGGACAAAUUUCUGCUUUGCUGAAUAAGAUAAGUAACCUCCUGGCUGAAGUUGGCAAGUAUGAAGAAUGUGUGCUUAAGUAUAUGAAUUCUAUCAGUCCACAGCCCCACCCUGGAGAGUUACUGGAUUCUGUUCAGGACAUGGACCUUGAUCAUACAAUUCCAGUGGAGAAUGAAUUUGAUGAAACUGAAGCUGGAAGACUCUGUGAAAAUGAGUCUGAGUUGAGUGAAAACUCUUGCAGGAGUAAUGGUGGGGCUGACUCCUUGCACUCUGACAGUUGGAGGAGGACAAAAGAACACACACAUUCUGAAAGGCCAACCCUUGCUUGGCUUAAAGAAGAGACCGUCUGUUUAGGAGAGCAGCUAGGCUUGUCACUGGACAUAUUACAGCAUGUCCAAAAACUGGAAAGUUAACUUUUUUCUUGUGCCCAAUGGAAUCUGAUUCUAAGAAUAAACUUGACAGGCUUGUA